AUGGAGGACGAGCUGUUGAUAGAAGCAAAAGAAGAAUAUCUCAUUAAUAAACAGAAACAACUUCUUCGCGACCAAAUAAAGGAACUCAGGUGUUCUAAUGAGGCCCUUCGGACAGAAAAUGUCAUGUUUGAAAACUUUAUUAGACGUUUGAUACCUCAGGACUUAGUGUCUAAGACUGGAGGAGACAGUCCACAAUCUACAGGAGACUCAAAAUUAUACAGCGGGGAAAUUGAAAGGGGACAGAGGCCGUUGUCAAAUUUAUCUGAGGUUCCCCAGCUGCUCACCUUGGAGCAAAAACUUUAUGUGGCACAGAGAGAAGUAACCGAGACCCAGCAAGAUAUGGAGAAACUAAAAACGAAAUAUGAGAGAAUUCUAGAAAACUACAAGUCCUCCUUAAAAGAAUCUGAACUGCGUUUAAAUGAUAUCAAGAAGGUGAAAAAUGAUUUUGAAAUCAGAUUUUUUAAACCUACCAAGGACAGCCAUCUGGAGAUGCCUGAGAAUAUACUCCAGCACAUUGAAGACAAAUCAAAGGUCACCCAGUUGGAAAAGUUUUAUCAGAAGAAUCGAGCACUAAAGGUGCAAGAGAUUAAGCUCCUGCAGCAGCUCCAAGAGAAAAAAGAGACAAGUGCUCCUGAAUAUGGGGUAGGGGAAAAGGUAUUUGUUAAAGAAUUCAGUGAACUCCAAAUGGACAUAAACCUUAAUGAACUUCAAGAUAACAGUUCAAAGGUUCAGCGUCUUUUAAGUUCACACAAGGAGAAGCUCCACUGUUUAACACUGGAAUCCUCAAAACUGACCAAUGACAUCACUAAAGGAAAGGAAAGGCUCGCGAAGCUUGAGGAAGAGAUACAGCAUGCCGAGAAGGAGUGUUUAAAAGCAGAGGGCCUAAACCAACUCCUGUGCAAAGAGCUCAGAGAUUAUCAGUGUCCUCAAAUCACCGAGUAUGUUUAUGCCAAGGAAAAACACAAGAAGCUGCAGCAGAGCGUUCACCUCUGGGAGAGAAAAGUUGGAAUUGCUGAGAUGGCCUUGAGGACUCACAAUAGAGAAUGGAGAAAACAGCGAGACGCUCCUACAAACUGCACCGAGGCUGGAAGUCAGCAACAGAUCUCAGUAAAGCUCCCUUACAUAGGAAAAUAGUGUUGAAGUUAAAGUGAAGGAGACUAUAGAUAACAAUGACUUGUCAUUAUGAAUAACAAAAUUGUAAUUCUCUUGCAAAAUUUCAUCUUAUUACUUGGGAAAAUUAAGACUAUUUUAAGAUUUGAAAGCCAAACAUUCAUCUCAUGUAAUCAUCUCACCUAGUAGAUAAACAUGUAUGCCAUUUAUUUGAUUCAGAACAUAUUAUCUCUAAAUGCUUUUACAUUAAUAAAGUGAAACAAGAGAUCCUUUAA